UCCAGAGCUGCUUCCGCGCCGUCCCUCCGGACGCCGUCUCCGCCGUCGUCGACUGCGUCCUCGCCUCCUCCUCAUCCUCCACCUCGCCCUCCCAGCUCUUCCACUCCCUCCUUGACUCCUUCCCCGAGGUACUCCCCGCCUCCUCGGUGCAGCCGCAGGCUCUCCACCCCGGCCAUGGCCAUGCCGCCUCUCUCUCCCACGCUGCCGCGCUCUGCCAUCUGCUCUCCCACCUCGACUCCUCCUCGUCCUCCAAGACCGCGCUGCGCACGCUCCUCUGGAGAGUCUUCCUACCGCUACUCCGCGGCGAGUCCAACCAGCUCCAGCAGCAGACCAUCGCGCUCAUGUGCGACACCGUCUCCGCCGCCCAAUCCUGGGACCUGCUCGGAGCCACCAUCCUGCCCUUCUGCAUCCGGUCCUGUGCCGUCGCAAUGGGUCUGGCCACCACCCAUGAAUACGACAACGACCACUCCAUCAUAUGCCACUACCACUUGGAUGCUGCCGACGCCGAGGAUCAUCACCAAUCAGGCGCAGCGCUGCUGCCCCUCUCCAAUGCCGCCGCACUCCUGGCGUCGCUGCUCGGAGACGCAUUGGGGAGGAGACCGAAGAAUACCCUCAGCCUGCCCCAGGACGCUUCCCUCGACACACUGCUGCAGAAUUUGACCUGGGACCUGUCCAGGCUCGUGCUCAAGAUGUUCGACCACAGCCAGGAGUACCGGUCCUGCGCCACCCGAAUCCUCCUGCAGCCUCUGCUAAUUUCACUAGCAGAUAUUUCCUGUGUAGCUGUCGAGUUUGGGGCGGUCCAGCUUAAGCUAUCUAGGUCUGGUUUCCUGGAGUCCAUCUGGAACUGUUGUGUUUCUCUGUUCUCUCUGGGCCGUGCUGAGCGGCUCGAUGCAUACGGUAUACUUUCUAUAUACUUCUCGGCGUUGAAAUCGGGAUGUCAGUAUGCUGUCCCAGGAGCUGAUGAGGCCCACAACUUUGAUCUUAGGAAUGUCACUGGAUUUUGGGAUGAACUGCGCAGGGGACUGGUUGACAAGGACACUGUAGUAAGGAAACAGGCUUUCUACCUCCUGAAAAUAUCGCUAAGCAUAUUUUCUUCUGGAAAUGAUGGGAACCAGCAAUGCACUGGCAGCAGCCCAGCUGCUUUGACUGGUCAAGCCACAUCAAAUACCUCUGUGACAAAAAAGGAAAGGUGGGCUAACAAAGAGGCCAAAUCCCUAGGUGUUGAAGAAAUCGCGCAAUCAGGUGAGCAAUGCUCAAGUGGUCAAGACCGAUGGAAGGUCUUCCUGUUACUCUACGAGAUGCUCCAGGAGUUUGGUACACAUUUAGUCGAGGCAGCCUGGACGCACCAGGUAGCGUUAUUGUUUGAGUCUACACCACAGAGUGACCAUAUGGGUCACAUAUGCAGAGCUUUUCAUGCUCAGAUGGAAUCUGUGGAAGGGAUUUUCCACUGGAUGACGGUGUUGUGGGAGCGUGGGUUUACUCAUGAUAACCCUCAAGUACGAUGCCUGGUAAUGCAAUCCUUUUUGGUUAUCACAUGGGAACACUACAAAGGCUAUGCUCAAAUGGUCCCUAGAGGAUUUGUUCUUGGCCCUCUCAUACGUGGCCUGAAUGAUGUAGUUCAUCACAAGGAUUUUGGUGUUGGUGGUGUUUAUAAGUCAGAAACCAUAAAAGGUGCAGAGAGGUUUUUCAGCAAUUAUGCCCGGAAAUUGACGACACGUGACCGUUUACAUCUGGUUUGGAAUUUGGCGUCUGCUGCUAAACAAGAUUCAUUUGGCCGAGCAGGAUUAAUGACUCUUGCAUUUUGUGUUGCGUCAUGCGCUUGUCAAUCAGAUACACACGACUUACCAUGUGCUUCUGCUGUGAGUGACUUGGCAAAAUGCAAUGGAGAUACUUAUAUUGCAGUCAAUACUGCAGAUUUAUUAGAGGCCUUAUGGAUUCUUAGUGAGAGGAGCAAACACCACUUUAAUCCAAAGUAUCGUCUGAAAGUUUGUGAACAGGUUAUCAAAGCCGCAGUAUCUUUGAUAAGUGCAGCUGAAAUUCCACUCAAUCGGCUUUUGUAUUUCAUUUCUACAAUACCUCGAGAGUUUACUGAUUAUACUGGACCACUGAGGGCUACAGUUCAGAAAUGGUUUCUUCAGAAAAAAGAAUGUUCUGAGAUGAACAAUUUGUUGGAUGAGCUAAUUGAUUUCCCAACCACCUUCAUUAAACACACAUGGGUAGAAGGAUCGUAUUUGUAUGAUGAUGAGGAUGUGGGUGCAUGGGAAGCUGAAGCACAGAGGUGGGCAAGGACCCUUGUUCUUGUAACCUUAGAGGAGCAACAUUUCAAGCAAAUAUUUUCGUUCCUGGAGAAAUGUGGUGACAAGCUUUCUGAAAAUUCUCCUGCUAGAGAAUAUCUCUACAUAAAGUUCUUUGUCAUCAUUAUAAGUUUGAUUGAGGAGCUUGAAGUGAAAAAGAAAAAGCUUGUUCACCAGAAUAAUACCAUCGCCAGUGGAGGUUCAGAUAUGACAGAUGGAUUAGAGCACCGAGCUAUCAACGAGAAGCUUGCAAAAUCAUUGCUUUUAGUUUUGGAAAAUAUGGUGGCCUUUAGCAAGCAAUCUUGCUCAGUUUUCUGGUUAAAAAAUAAAGACAACAUGGAUUUACCAUGUUCUGUUAAAGGAAAGCUUGGUGGUCCGAGUCAGCGUCGUUUAGCUACCUCCAUAACCUCUUCAGUGCUGCAGAGUAUUUGGUCUAUAAGGUGUGUUAGCUCUGUUGUUACAUGGUGUAACCACUACACCUCUGAUGUUUCUCUUCAUUCAGCAUUUUCAUUCCUGUGGGAGUUCUGUUGGGAAGUUAUCCAACAUUGUACUUAUGCAACAGAGACUGGAGCUGAACUUCACUUGGCAGCUUAUGAAGCUCUAGUCUAUGUACUGUCCGCUCUAUCUACUCCUGCCAUUUAUCACUUUCUGGUUUUUGUGGAACCAAAGCAAUUAAAUGGCGAUGUCAAAUUGCCAUUGGAUUUUUUGGCCACUACUUUUCUUGGUAAUAUCAACAGCCUCCUUACAAAUGGAGUUCUGACACGAAGCAGACGAGCUGUUUUAAUGUGUUGGAAGUGGCUUUGUGUAGACUCCCUGCUAUCCAUUUCUCGCUGCUGUGAUGAGAACAAAUCCCAGCUGAAGAGUUUAGAUCCAUUGUUUUCAGAUUCAACCCUCCGAACCAUCUUUCUUGAUAUUACUGAAAGUCUUGAAAAUGCUGGUGAGAAUUCUGUUGUAUCCAUCCUUAGGUGUGUGAGGUCUGUUUUGGGGCUUUUACAGUUUAAUAUGAGCCACAGAAAUUUAUCCUCUUUGGGCAUCAGUUAUGAGAUGAUGAUGCAAUUGGUAAAAUCUUCCUGGAUCUUGCACCUUAGCUGCAAUAAACGCAGAAUUGCACCAAUUGCUGCACUACUAUCUGCGAUAUUGCACCCAUCAAUCUUUCCGAAUUUGGAACUACAUGAGGCAAAUGAAAAGGGGCCAGGCCCUUUGAAAUGGUUUGUCGAGAAUCUCCUCAAUGAAGGUUCAAAGAGUCCUCGAACUAUUCGCCUAGCAGCUUUGCACUUGAGUGGUUUAUGGUUAAUGUACCCAGAUACUCUUAGAUUUUACAUGGAGGAACUGAAACUAUUAGCAUUAUAUGGAUCUGUGGCAUUUGAUGAAGAUUUUGAAGCCGAACUCUCUGAAAACCAUGAGGCAAGAUUUGAAGUUUCAAUGCUAGCGCAAAGUCCAGAUCGUGAAUUCACAGAGGUCUUCAUUAAUACAGAAUUGUAUGCACGCGUUUCAGUUGCUGCUUUAUUUCAUCAGCUAAAGAGUUUGGGGACUGAAGAAGCUCUUCAAUCUGGCAAACUAUUUCUACUGAAACUUCUUGAUUCAGCGGUGAACGACAAUGACCUCUCGAAAGAACUUUACAAAAAAUAUAGCAGUGUACAUAGGCGUAAAGUUCGUGUGUGGCAGAUGAUAUGUGUUCUUUCGCACUAUGUAGAGGAAGACAUAGUUGAGAAAGUGACAUCUAGUGCUCACAUAUGCCUUUAUAGAAACAAUCUACCUGCUGUUCGGCAGUUCCUGGAGACAUUCGCUAUACUUAUUUAUUUAAAAUUUCCAACAUUGGCUGAAAAACAGCUUGUUCCUAUUUUUCACGACAAUGAGAUGCGGCAACAGGCACUAUCUUCUUAUGUAUUUAUAGCAGCAAACGUGAUGCUACAUUCAAGGGAGCUGUCUGCCCAGAGGAACCAUCUGAAUCAACUGCUUCCUCCAAUAAUUCCCUUUUUAACAUCCCAUCACCACAGUUUACGUAGUUUCACUCAGCUACUUGUCCACUGUGUUUUUUCCAAGUUGUGGCCUAUUUUGCAACUCGAAAGCUCAGAAGAGCCAUUCAUCGAGAGGAGGUGCUUUCAAGAUUUGAGACAAUAUCUGGCAGAGAAUACUGACUGUGCAAGACUGAGAGUCUCAAUUGAAGGUUUCCUAGAUGUUUUUGACCCGGAUACAUCUGGGACUCCUUCGGGCAUAUUUACCGCUCGCCCUGAGUCGUCUGGCUUUGAAUGUGUUCCAGUGUCAGUGCUGGAGCGAGUGAAUAAUUUUUUGAAUGACGUGAGGGAGGAGCUGAGAGAUUGCAUGAUAAAGGAUGCAGCAGCAAUCAAGAACGAGGAUCUGGCGGCAGGAAAACACGACCAGGAGGAUUUCGAGAAGACGAUAACGACAAAAGUCAGUCAGGAUUUCCAGAAAAAGAUCAUACCCCAGCGGGACUCGGAGCAAGCGUCGAGCGCAAUCAUGGGCAACAACGACAUCUCAAGGCUUCUCUUCGAGAUAGAGGAAGAUGAUGGCACGUUCAACCUGGCGGUGGAGUCGAGGAAGGAGGCGGCAGAGACGGUCCGGCAGAGCCAGCAGGAGCUGAUCGUAAUGGCGUCACUGGUGGAUAGGAUCCCGAACCUGGCGGGUCUGACUCGGACGUGCGAGAUAUUCAAAGCGGGGCUGCUGGCGGUUUCUGACAUGGGCGUGGUGCAAGACAAGCAGUUCCGGCUGAUCAGCGUGACGGCGGAGAAGUGGGUGCCAAUGGUGGAGGUGCCGGUGGAGAGUGUGAGGACUUUCCUGGGGAGGAAACGGGCGGAGGGGUACACGGUAGUGGGGUUGGAGCAGACAGCCCACAGCGUGGCACUGGACGAGUUCGUGUUCCCUGAGAAGACGGUGGUGGUGCUGGGGCGGGAGAAGGAGGGGAUCCCCGUGGAUGUUAUCCAGCAGGUGGUAGACGUGUGCGUUGAGAUCCCACAGCUUGGGGUCGUCAGGUCGCUUAAUGUUCAUGUCAGCGCGGCCAUCGCCAUCUGGGACUACACGCGCCAGCACCGCGCGCGAAGAGCGUCCUCACAAUCUCAAUUUCCUCCUCAGUAGCUAGUUUAUUGUUUCUAGUGAACAGGAGAAUCUUAUGUUGUUGUAGCAUGACAUGAAGGGACCUCACAAUCUCAAAUUCCUCCUCAGUACCUAGUUUAUAUUUUCUAGUGAACAGGGGAAUCUUAUGUUGUUGUAACAUGGCAUGAAGGGAUGGGUACCGAUUGUUCUCCGUUGAGGAUUUUAGCAGGAUGGUAUCUAAGUCUUAUGUACCUAGAAACCCUGUCUGGUCUACUGUACUGUACCUUGGCUUGAGUGGAAAGGAAAGGAAGUUCCAUGUGGUAUGUAUGCAAACUUUGGCUA